AUGAGCCAAUACGAGUCUUGGAAACCACUGCCUGACCCCGACCGACCGAACUGUCCUUACUUCCCGGGCUUCAAGGCCGAAAUCAAAAGCCACUCUCCUCCUCCACCGUUCGGGGCCCGAUACUAUGAUUUCAAGCCACGGAAAAGCGUUUCGUCUGAGCUGCUCAAAGCCACAACCCAAAGCAAGCAUGUACUGGAACACCCCCCUAUGAACACUACCAAUCAAUCGAAGCCUCUCACCGCCUCGUUAACGGUGUUCAAGUCGCUAUCAAUCGGUAACGCCCAAGGAGCACAGGUCGUGGCGUGUCACGUUACGCCGGAAGGGGGCGGAGCAUCGUACACGGCUGCUGCUAAGAUCUUUGACGCGCUCUAUUACCCCUUUGCACUUACGCCUUCGCAGGGAUGGCUUACUCCUGUCUAUCCUUCCGACGUUACUUACUCUGCAGAUGCCGAAUACAGCCGUGAAGCAGCAGUCUACGAGUGUCUGCAGAGCAAGGGGCAGACCGGCACUUUCGCGCCCGAGUGCUACGGUUCAAGGACGUUUGACAUUCCGUUGACCAGUGGUGGUGUCGAGUUCAGCCGGCCUGUUCGCCUGUUACUAAUGGAGUACCUGGACGGACCUUGUUUAAAGGACUUGUACAGCAUGAACACCUGUGCGCCACAGUGCGAGGUCAGCUACCUUGACGCCUUCCAUUACGACGAAAGCUUCCACCUCGAGAUUGCGGCACAGAUCAUGGACGGCGUGGCCAGACAGAACCAGGUCAUCCACAAAAGGGGGGGGGCGAGCUUCGCAAAAAUAUCAUCAUUGUGCCUUGACCACUGCUACCGUCCGGCACUGAUCUGGCUGGCUCACCUCCCCGCGCUGUGUACGUUGGGUACUCCUCGUCGAUCGUGUGGGGUUUGGCAAAAGAUCCCCGUCCCCCGGUCCAACUACUCCCGAGAAAUCCAAUGGAGCGCAGGCGGGGGGAUCGCGUCGUCGACGAACUCCGCGGAUGGGUGCCGCACGAGUGGACUAAGGAUAGUAGCCCUGCUCUGGCGGAGUGGCUCGCUGAUCGGUUUGGUGGCGACAGGCGCUCCAUGUACGCGCCCGUACAAGACUGAACUGGCUGCGAUUUGUGCCCAAUGGUAA